AUGAAGGACGAGGACAACGCAGACAAGUACGAGAGCAUGGACUCGGAGUCGGAUGGCUUCGGAUCCGAUGAUGACGAUGAUGCUGUUCUAAGGCAGCUUGGUGAUGACGUAUCAUUUGAUGAUGAGGAGGCGCCUCUUAUGGAUGCAGCGUUUAUUGAUUGCUUGGGUGGCUCGCUAUCUAUCAAAGACAUGAACCGAAACACGUUGCGUUCGAUGGCUUGGACCCCUGCAUCCUCCAAGUAUGAAACCGACAACAACGCUCUCGAGGGUCUGAGAGAUCAAGUGGCAAGGCCAGUGCAAGCGACCCGAGCUAAGAUGGACUCGCCGUUCGAAUUGCUAUUCUACUUUAUGCCGACAAGCCUGUGGACUUUCAUCACGCGCGAGACAAACACAUACAAGAGAUCGCACCUUGAGGAAAAGGCGCGUCGAGAACGGCCACGUCUUAUUCGCGAAGGACGCAACGCACCUGGACAAACGCUCAGAGAUGUUCGCCGCCGCAUACGAGUCGAACCUGAUUACGUACCGCGCGAGGUUCUUCGUGUCAUGGGUCUACUUCUAGCGCACAUGCUCAGCCCUACCUCCAACAAGAGGGACAAGUUGUGGAAGCUGAAAGCUGUUAUCGAUGUACUUCAAGCGAGAUUCUUCUCAGCGUUGACGGUGUCUAAUAUCAUCUUGUUCGAUGAAGGUGUGCUUCCUGCAACAUCCAAGCGCCACGGCACCCGAAUGUUUAUGCUGGACAAGCCACACCGCUAUGACACCAAUAUGUUCAUGACAUGCGACGUAGUGUCUGCUUACUAUCACAGUUACGACUUAAGAUUUGAGAUAUAUGUAUGGAAGCGCCAGAUCAAUGAGAAUGCAAGCCAGGCGUUUGGCCACAAGACAAGAGCAGCGGCUAUUCUACACGUCGGUCCCGCUCACCAUCCAACCACUCUCCAUGUCCGUCUACAUGAUUGGGACAAUUAUGACGUCGAGGCUGGGGCUCGACGGGCACAUCGUCGAGCGACGGAAGACACGGCCAGCCACAGUAGAGCGUGGUUCAUUCAAGUUCUCAAGAUCGGUUGCAAUGCCCAUCAUGGUCGCAAGCCACUGAUGCUACCGCAAGCCGGUGCACUACCUGACCACAGGAGUGUCCAUGGCCGAAGAUGCCAUCAAGCAAAAUCUCAAGGUGGUGGGGCAAUCGACGUUCAGCUGCCCAUACUGGUGAUGGAUUACCAACGCUGGGUGGGCGGAGUUGAUGUGCAUGACGAACUCCGCCUUCAAACUUUCUCCGUCCAGACUGCUUUCAGGUUCAGUAAGUACUACACAGGUAUGUUCUUAGGUAUGUAUGAUCUAGCGCUUGUCAACGCGUACCUGACACCCAAUGAGGCCUGCCGACUCGACGGUGUCGCUGCGAUGAAGCGCGUGAGCUAG